ACGGUCUCCAUUUUGCAGACUUGCAGACCGGCUGCGUCUAUUCGCAGUGCAGCAAUAGUGGAUAAAGUGCAAAACGGGAUUAAUUCAAUCUGAGGAGAGAUUUUCAGCACGAUGGCUGACCCAUCAGCACACGUGGAGGUCCCGGAGGGUGCAGAGGUCCGCAAACUGUCCGAGCUGAGAGUUAUCGACCUGAAGGCCGAGCUGAAGAAACGAAACCUGGACACCACGGGCGUCAAGAGCGUGCUGUCCGAGCGACUCAAAAAGGCAAUCGAGGAAGAGGGAGGAAAUCCUGAUGAGAUUAUUCUCGCACCGGAGUCAACCCCAAAGAAACCUAAUGCUACACCUAAACGCUCAUCUAAAGAUACAAAGCAAGAAAAUGAUGAACCAGAAGACGGCACUAUGGAGGAGGAUUCCCGUGAUGGCCAUGGUUAUCACGAGAACAUGCAGGAAAUGGACAUCCUCGACAUGAACGUUUUGGAUGAGACAGAGAAUGACAACGGGAUACCAGCUGAGGACGACGACGAUGAGGAGGAGGAUGCCGCAAAUUUUCCCUCUGAUGAAGACGCGUUGUUAAAUGACGAACACAACAACAAGACCCUCGAGACAGAAGAUGAAGCACUCGGUCCAGAGAUGGAUGAAUCUCAGAUGGAAGAACGGGAGGAAUUUAUGACAUGCUCGUCAAUCAAUACGACUCGGGAUCCGGAGGCGGACGACGUGAACGAAGUAACAGAAAAUGACAAAGUAGCCGGGUCUUGUUUAUCUGAGCCACUUAACGAAGAUCAGCACCAGAGCCACGAGACGAGCCCUGAAGAAGAGCAAGCCGCCACCGCCGGAGGGGAAGACAAUGUGUCCGACACCGGUGCCAAGUCCAACAAGGCCGCCUCUGGAGAUGUGGAGAGCGACAUGCGGGAUGUUGUGGAGACUGACGCCAAAGAGGUCGGGGACGCCGACACCAAAGAGGUUGGGGACGCACAGAAAGCCCCAGAAGAGACAUUUGACGCUGAAAACGAAAGCUCGCAGGCUGUUAGUGUAAGCGAACAGGGCGCUGUGGGUGAAACUGUUGAUUCAGAAAUGGGGUCUAAGAAGGGUGAGGAGGAUGAGAAGACAGAAGAGAAAGCUGCUGCGGACUCAGCCUCCACAGUGAAAGAGUCCUCUUCUGUAGAGGGCGAUGCUCAGAAAAAGAGCUCUGAGGAGAAAGAUGGCAAGACUGAGUCAAAAGAUGAAAAAGCCGCUGGAAGUGCUGCCGCAAGCAGUAGCAGGAAUCUGUGGGUCAGUGGUCUCUCUUCCACCACCAGAGCGACAGAUCUGAAGACUCUCUUCAGCAAAUAUGGCAAGGUCGUCGGAGCUAAGGUGGUGACCAACGCCAAGAGCCCCGGGGCUCGCUGCUACGGUUUUGUCACCAUGUCUUCCACAGAGGAAGCCACCAAGUGUAUCAGCCACCUUCACAGGACUGAGCUGCAUGGCAGGAUGAUCUCUGUGGAGCGGGCUAAAAACGAGCCUGCAGGGAAGAAGCCAGCAGACAAGACUGACACCAAGAAGUCUGGCAGUGAGAGGAGACACUCCUCUGACUCCAAAUCUGAAGGAAAGGAGGAGAAGCCUGAGGGAGAUGGAAAAGAUGGCAAAGGGCGAAAUGAGAGGACUGUCGUUAUGGACAAGUCAAAAGGAGAGCCUGUCAUCAGCGUCAAAACUAAAAGCAAGGAGCGAAGCUCAAAGAGCCGAGACCGCAAGUCAAGCAGUAAGGAGAAGAAAGACAUCCUGUCGUUUGACCAAAUCAAGGAGCAGAGAGAGAGGGAGCGACAGAGACAACGAGAGAGGGAGAUCAGAGAGGUGGAGAGGCGCAGAGUCACUGACCGGGACCGCGGCGACCGUGACAACCGCCCGGACCGCGAGCGCGAGCGGAUCCGUCUGUUUCGAGAGAGAGAGGAGAGAAAACACUUGAUCAGGAAGAGAAACUGGCUGGAGGCUGAGAAGCAGCGACUUGAUGCAGACCGGAUGGAGCGGCAGUUCUUGGAGCGGGAAAGGCUACGCAUAGAAUACGAGAGGCGGCGCGAGCAGGAAAGGAUCCUCAGAGAGCGUGAAGAGCUGCGACGGCAGCAGGAGCAGCUGAGAUACGAACAGGACCGACGCCCCAUUAAGAGGCCUUAUGACAUGGAUGGCAGGAAAGACGACUGGCCUGACAAGCGCGUGGCUUUGGAUGACCGUUACAGCCGCUCAGACUUCGGUCGACAAGAACGUUAUCAGGACUUUGACCACAGGGACCGGGGCCGUUACCAAGACGACAUGAUGAUGGACAGGCGGGACAACACUCGCAGCAUCGGUGCAGACAGAGAUGGUUCGCACUUCUCAGACAGGUCAGACAGACAUGGCAGAGACAGCCGAGACUCCUGGAGCGGAGGCUAUGAUAAACGCAUCAACCCGAGGGAUGGAGGUCGAGACUGGGACUCUAGUCGGAAGAUGGAUGGAGACAGAACAUGGCAAAGUAGAGACGGUGCCAUCCCAGGCCAGAGCCACAUGGCACGUGGAGGAAUGGCAAGCCGCGGAAGCUACAUGAACACGGGAACGUCUCAGUCUCUGUCUGGAGCUCUCAACAGACAGAACCAGCUGAUGCAGGGCAGCGGGCUGCAGGGUGGAGCUUUUGGCCGACGCUACUGAAGUCUGUCUGCGUGAAGACAGCAGCGGGACUGUUUCAGGAGGUCACGUCGUGAAGGAUGUGGCCAUCUUGUUUUGUACGUUUUUUUAAAGUCAGGAAACCUUUUUUGGACACAAUUCCAAUCCAUUUUUGAUGGAGACCUUUAUUUUUCUGGUCACCUCUCCCUGUUUUUCUGUGUGUGUGUGUGUGUGUUUGUGUGUGUGUGAGAGACAUUGUGAUCUCCUGCCUCGUAGUUAUCAUUCAGUCCAACCUACCUUGUUUGUAAAACAGUACCGUCUGCUUACCAACGAUGUGUUUUAUAUAUGCAGGUUGGCAGCUGUGUUGAAGAGUCACGUCGGAGCUCUGUGUUGUAAAUUCAGAUGUUUUAUAGACACCUGGGUCCACGGACCUCACCUCAGUCUUCUCUGUAUCCCAGUUUAUGUCAGAAGCGUUGUGGAAGUUUUCUGCCUCUGUCAGAGUUCAUUUUUUCAUAGCUUGAGGCUCCUUUUUGACCUUCGUCAAAAAGAUGUUACAAGAUACAACAUUUGCUGCUGAAGAAAAGGGUUUUUUAGCCUAUAUGUCACAUUCUGGUUAUACAUGCUUGUCAGAUUUCUUUUUAAUUUUCAGUUGUAUUGUAAAUAGUAUUUGAUUUGUGCGAUUGUUGGUUAAUGGUAAUAAAUGCCCCAGGAGCGUG